AUGGGUUCCAGCGUAUCAGAUUCUGCCGAGCUUGCAUUUCUUAAAGACUGUAAAGUUUCGCUUCAUACCACACAUAAAAAAGACGUCGCAGAUGGAGAUUCCUUCACUACCGCAGAUCUCAACGAGCCGAAUUUUAACAUUUUCGGCAUUGACAAGGCAGUCGAAAAUGAUAAUGAAGUCAAAACUUACAAUGACGACCAAACUGAUUUCAACCCUUCCAAGCUACGGUGGUUUCACAUUCCGGCGAACAACAUGGCAUGGAUCGACAUUUUCAUGGGAAGAUGGUUCCAAACAGCUGGCGGUCUAGACAACAAACUGGGAGCAAAUGUGGGAGCUUAA